GCCGCUGCUCCCGGAGCCCGGGUGCCCAGCCGCCCGCAGCCGCCUUCCCACCGCAGCCGUGCUGCCGGCCAGGCCCCUGGGAGAAGCCGGGAGAAAAAUGAAGAGUUUCCAUUGGAAUCUGUUGGAAAUAGGACUCACUGCAAAGCCUUAAAAAGAAAGACCUCGGGAACAGAAGGAAGAGCCUCCUCCGGGCGAGACUCGGCGUGCUCUGAGCCAAGGAGAAGCCGCUCCGGGGACCUCGCCCCCUCCCUUGGCCGCUGGAGAAAUUGCCGUGGAUGCGUUAUCCAAGUGGUGGUUGGGAAGAUUUGCAGCAGAAUUUUUGGUUUUCCCUCCCCCUCCUAUUCAUGCUGUUUUUUUUUUUUUUUUUCCUCCCUUUUCUAUUUUCCUUCUUCCCGGGAAGUGAAUUGCGGAUGCAGGGGGACUUUACUCAUUAAUGAUGCAACCGGAUUCGUUUCAGGAUUCUGUUGCACGAGUUGAAUUUUGAAUGAAGGAGAAGAGUUUUUUUUUUUUGUUGUUGUUUUUUUUGAAAAGAAGUGUUGAGUUCGUUGUACUUUUAAUUUUUUAUUUAAAUAUACAAUUGUAUUAUUUUAAGAUGCAUUAAAUAUAUAUAUAUAUGUUUUAUGGUAACUUGCCGUCAAGAUAAGUGUCUACGGGUGAAAUUGAAGACGCUUCAUUUAAGUAAAGUUACUGGUGUAUUGGAUGUUUAAUUCAGCACCGGCAUUACAUGACAGUUGUUAGAAUAACAAGUGGUUUAUUUUAAAAACCACACCUUAACAAAUUUAGGUUCAAAUAGUUACAAUAAAAAGUGUAAUAACAAUUUAAAAGAAAGCCAGCCGAAAUCGAAGCAAACAUGUCCGGAGAAGUGCGUUUGAGGCAGUUGGAGCAGUUUAUUUUGGAUGGGCCAGCUCAGACCAAUGGGCAGUGCUUCAGUGUGGAGACCUUACUGGAUAUACUCAUCUGCCUUUAUGAUGAAUGCAAUAAUUCUCCAUUAAGAAGAGAGAAGAACAUUCUUGAAUACUUAGAAUGGGCUAAACCAUUCACUUCUAAAGUGAAACAAAUGCGACUACAUAGAGAAGACUUUGAAAUAUUAAAGGUGAUUGGUCGAGGUGCAUUUGGGGAGGUUGCUGUAGUAAAACUAAAAAAUGCAGAUAAAGUAUUUGCCAUGAAAAUUUUGAAUAAAUGGGAAAUGCUGAAAAGAGCUGAGACAGCAUGUUUUCGUGAAGAAAGGGAUGUAUUAGUGAAUGGAGACAAUAAGUGGAUUACAACUUUGCACUAUGCUUUCCAGGAUGACAAUAAUUUAUACCUAGUUAUGGAUUAUUAUGUUGGUGGGGAUUUGCUUACUCUGCUCAGCAAAUUUGAAGAUAGAUUGCCUGAAGAUAUGGCUCGAUUUUACUUGGCGGAGAUGGUGAUAGCAAUUGACUCAGUUCAUCAACUGCAUUAUGUACAUAGAGACAUUAAGCCUGACAAUAUAUUGAUGGAUAUGAAUGGACAUAUUCGGUUAGCAGAUUUUGGAUCUUGUUUGAAGCUGAUGGAAGAUGGAACGGUCCAGUCCUCAGUGGCAGUUGGAACUCCAGAUUAUAUUUCUCCUGAAAUCCUUCAAGCCAUGGAAGAUGGAAAAGGCAGAUAUGGACCUGAGUGUGACUGGUGGUCUUUGGGAGUCUGUAUGUAUGAAAUGCUUUAUGGAGAAACACCAUUCUAUGCAGAAUCUCUAGUGGAGACAUACGGAAAAAUCAUGAACCACAAAGAGAGGUUUCAGUUUCCAGCCCAAGUGACUGAUGUUUCUGAAAAUGCUAAGGAUCUUAUUCGAAGACUCAUUUGUAGCAGAGAACAUCGACUUGGUCAAAAUGGAAUAGAAGACUUCAAGAAACACCCAUUUUUUAAUGGCAUUGAUUGGGAUAACAUUCAAAACUGUGAAGCACCUUAUAUUCCUGAAGUUAGUAGCCCAACAGAUACAUCAAAUUUUGAUGUGGAUGAUGAUUGUUUAAAAAAUUCUGAAACAAUGCCCCCACCAACACACACUGCAUUUUCUGGACACCAUCUGCCGUUUGUUGGUUUUACAUAUACUAGUAGUUGGGGAUACCAUUCUGAGUCUACACAGACUGUCCAAGCUUUACAGCAUUCAACUGUCGAUGGUCCACUAACAGCAAGCAAGGAUUUAGAAAUAAAAAACUUAAAAGAAGAAAUUGAAAAACUAAGGAAACAAAUAGCAGAAUCAAGUCAUUUGGAGCAGCAACUUGAAGAAGCUAAUUCUGUGAGACAAGAACUAGAGGAUGCUUUUAGACAAAUCAAGGCUUAUGAAAAACAAAUCAAAACUUUACAACAAGAAAGGGAAGAACUAAAUAAGGAACUAGUCCAGGCUAGUGAGCGAUUAAAAAACCAAUCCAAAGAGCUGAAAGACGCACACUGUCAGAGGAAACUGGCCAUGCAGGAAUUCAUGGAGAUCAAUGAGCGACUAACAGAAUUGCACACCCAAAAACAGAAACUUGCUCGCCACGUCCGAGAUAAGGAAGAAGAGGUGGACCUGGUGAUGCAAAAAGUUGAAAGCUUAAGGCAAGAACUGCGCAGAACAGAAAGAGCCAAAAAAGAGCUGGAAGUUCAUACUGAAGCUCUAGUUGCUGAAUCAUCUAAAGAUAAGAAACUACGAGAGCAGAGCGAGUAUUAUUCUAAGCAAUUGGAAAAUGAAUUGGAAGGACUGAAGCAAAAACAAAUUAGUUAUUCACCAGGAGUAUGCAGCAUAGAACACCAGCAAGAGAUAUCCAAACUGAAGACUGAUUUGGAAAAGAAAAGUAUAUUUUAUGAAGAAGAAAUAUCUAAAAGAGAGGGAAUACAUGCAAGUGAGAUUAAAAAUCUGAAGAAAGAACUGCACGAUUCAGAAGGCCAGCAACUGGCUCUCAACAAAGAAAUUAUGGUUUUAAAAGACAAACUGGAAAAAACCAGGAGAGAAAGUCAAAGUGAAAGGGAAGAAUUUGAAAAUGAGUUCAAACAACAAUAUGAGCGAGAAAAAGUGUUACUAACUGAAGAAAAUAAAAAGUUGACAAGUGAACUUGAUAAGCUUACCACUUUGUAUGAAAACUUAAGUAUGCGCAACCAGCAGUUAGAAGAAGAGGUAAAAGAUCUAGCUGACAAGAAGGAAUCUGUUGCACAUUGGGAAGCCCAAAUCACAGAAAUAAUUCAGUGGGUCAGUGAUGAAAAGGAUGCACGAGGGUAUCUUCAGGCCUUAGCUUCUAAAAUGACUGAAGAAUUGGAAGCAUUGAGAAAUUCCAGUUUGGGUACACGAGCAACAGAUAUGCCAUGGAAAAUGCGUCGUUUUGCAAAACUGGACAUGUCAGCUAGACUAGAGUUGCAGUCGGCUCUGGAUGCAGAAAUAAGAGCCAAACAGGCCAUCCAAGAAGAGCUGAAUAAAGUUAAAGCAUCUAACAUCAUAACAGAAUGUAAACUAAAAGAUUCUGAGAAGAAGAAUUUGGAACUACUAGCAGAAAUUGAACAACUACUAAAGGACACUGAAGAACUUAGAUCUGAAAAGGGUAUAGAGCACCAAGACUCACAGCAUUCUUUCUUGGCAUUUUUGAAUACGCCUACCGAUGCUCUGGAUCAAUUUGAAGAUUCCUUUUCUUCUUCCUCAUCCUCACUGAUUGAUUUUUUCGAUGACACUGAUCCUGUUGAGAACACUUAUGUACGGAACCCGAGCAUCAAGUUUUCCAACCAGUCAAGGUCCACAUCUCCUUCCACAUCUAGUGAAGCUGAGCCAGUUAAGAUUGCAGACUGUGCUCCACUUCCAGCUCACACUCCAACCUUAAGGAAAAAGGGAUGCCCGGGCUCAACUGGCUUUCCACCUAAGCGCAAGACUCAUCAGUUUUUUGUAAAAUCUUUCACUUCUCCCACCAAAUGUCAUCAGUGUACCUCUUUGAUGGUGGGUUUGAUUAGACAAGGCUGUUCAUGUGAAGUGUGUGGAUUCUCAUGCCAUAUAACUUGUGUAAACAAAGCUCCAACCUCGUGUCCUGUUCCUCCCGAGCAGACAAAAGGUCCCUUGGGUAUAGAUCCACAGAAAGGAAUAGGAACAGCAUAUGAAAGCCAUGUCAGGAUCCCUAAGCCAGCUGGAGUAAAGAAAGGAUGGCAGAGGGCCCUGGCUGUGGUUUGUGACUUCAAACUUUUUCUGUAUGACAUUGCUGAAGGAAAAGCAUCUCAGCCCAGUGUUGUCAUUAGUCAAGUUAUUGAUAUGAGAGAUGAAGAAUUUUCUGUAAGUUCUGUUUUGGCUUCUGAUGUUAUUCAUGCAAGUCGAAAAGAUAUACCAUGUAUAUUUAGAGUCACAGCUUCCCAGCUCUCAGCACCUAAUAACAAAUGUUCAAUCCUGAUGCUGGCAGACAGUGAAAAUGAGAAGAGUAAAUGGGUGGGAGUGCUCAGUGAAUUGCACAAGAUUCUGAAGAAAAACAAAUUCAGAGACCGCUCAGUCUAUGUUCCCAAAGAGGCUUAUGACAGUGCUCUGCCUCUCAUUAAAACAACCCAGGCUGCUGCAAUCAUAGAUCAUGAAAGGAUAGCUUUGGGAAAUGAAGAAGGGUUAUUUGUUGUACAUGUCACCAAAGAUGAAAUUAUUAGAGUUGGUGACAACAAGAAGAUUCAUCAGAUUGAACUCAUUCCAAAUGAUCAGCUUGUUGCAGUGAUCUCAGGACGAAAUCGCCACGUACGACUUUUUCCUAUGUCAGCUUUGGAUGGGCGAGAGACAGAUUUUUAUAAGCUAGCAGAAACUAAAGGCUGUCAAACUAUAACUUCUGGAAAAGUGCGUCAUGGAGCGCUAACAUGCCUGUGUGUGGCUAUGAAAAGGCAGGUCCUCUGUUACGAACUUUUUCAGAGCAAGACCCGUCACAGAAAAUUUAAGGAAAUUCAAGUCCCAUGCAAUGUCCAGUGGAUGGCAGUCUUCAGUGAACAGCUCUGUGUGGGAUUCCAGUCAGGAUUUCUAAGAUACCCUUUGAAUGCAGAAGGAAGUCCAUGCAGUAUGCUCCAUUCAAAUGACCACACACUGUCAUUUAUUGCACAUCAACCAAUGGAUGCUAUCUGCGCAGUUGAGAUCUCCAGUAAAGAAUAUCUGCUGUGUUUUAACAGCAUUGGGAUAUACACUGACUGCCAGGGCCGAAGAUCUAGACAGCAGGAACUGAUGUGGCCAGCAAAUCCUUCCUCUUGUUGUUACAAUGCACCUUAUCUCUCAGUAUACAGUGAAAAUGCAGUUGAUAUUUUUGAUGUGAACUCCAUGGAAUGGAUUCAGACUCUUCCUCUCAAAAAGGUUCGGCCUUUAAACAGUGAUGGAUCAUUAAAUCUUUUAGGGAUGGAGACAGUUAGAUUAAUAUAUUUCAAAAAUAAGAUGGCAGAAGGGGAUGAACUGGUAGUUCCUGAAACAUCAGAUAACAGUCGGAAACAAAUGGUUAGAAAUAUCAACAACAAGCGCCGUUAUUCCUUCAGAGUUCCAGAGGAGGAAAGGAUGCAGCAGAGGAGGGAGAUGCUGCGAGAUCCAGAAAUGAGAAAUAAAUUAAUCUCUAACCCAACUAAUUUUAACCACAUAGCACACAUGGGUCCUGGAGAUGGAAUACAGAUCCUGAAAGACCUGCCAAUGAACCCUCGUCCUCAGGAAAGCCGGACAGUAUUCAGCGGCUCCGUCAGCAUCCCAUCCAUCACCAAGUCCCGCCCAGAGCCAGGCCGCUCCAUGAGUGCCAGCAGCGGCCUGUCAGCAAGGUCAUCCACACAGAACGGCAGUGCGUUGAAGAGGGAGCUCUCCGGAGGAAGUUACAGUGCAAAGCGACAGCCCAUGCCCUCCCCAUCAGAGGGCUCUUUGUCAUCCGGAGGCAUGGACCAAGGAAGCGAUGCCCCUGCCAGGGACUAUGAUGGAGAGGACUCCGACUCGCCGAGGCAUUCCACAGCAUCCAACAGCUCCAACCUGAGCAGCCCCCCAAGCCCAGUUUCACCCCGAAAGACCAAGAGCCUCUCCCUGGAGAGCACGGACCGCGGGAGCUGGGACCCCUGAGCCCCGGGUGCUCUGCCCACACCCCUCCACCACCUUCCCCACUUCCAUCUCCUCCUCCACUUUGGCUGGAGCCCAGCAGCGGCCGAGUGGGGCACACGCUUGCAACAUGACACUGGCCUGGCAGCACCAUGCCCCUGGCCCGCAGCAGCCACGCAGGCCCCUUCCCUGCGGCCGAGGUCGACGGCAGGUCAUUCCUGCAUAGCGUUGCUUUCAGUCACAUUUACUCCCUGGCCCCAAAGGUAGCUUCAGUAGACAGAUUACACAGUGUAACUGUACGAGUGAGACUAGACAGGUUUGUUUUCACAGUAGCACCUCACAUACCCUCAGAGAGCACCUGGGAUUCCGCACCAGAGGGACCCAGCCUGUGGAGGCCACUGCCCUCCUCAGCAAUUGUUGUCGGAACCCCCCUGAAUCCUCACAGAUUAAAACAGUGCAUAUUUUACUACAGUACAGAGUUUAAAUAAAUACAUAAUGUAGAAGUUAAAUGCUGAAUGUAUAUAGUCAAAAGAAGCAUCUUGUAAUCAAUGAGAUGGAUGCAUAUAUCAGAGUGUUUAAUUUAAGAGAUGUGUUGUUUCUUGUCUAUUUCCAAGCUAAGUCACAUACAGGGUAGAAAGGCUUCAUGCUGACAUUGGAAGAGGGAAAGGGGAAAACUGAGGUCCCUGUGGUGCCCCGGCCUCACACUGGUGGCAGGCCAUGGUCAUCUGGGUCCUUAGGGGACAUCUGGGGACACUGGCUUCAUUGAUUGCAACCUGGGCUCCUAGAGUUGAAACAUCUGAAACCACUUGAGCAGUAGCUUCAGAGGCACGCUCACCUGUACCUGGGGCAUGUCUCUUUUGGCGAUAGAAUUGAACCACACUUAGGUAUCUUCUGCAGGUGAGUGUAGAGAUGCGGUGCCGUCACCCUCUGAUUGAGCCCUUCCAUCUGAAAGGAGUGUUGUGGCUUUUGCAAGUUCAUAAAAAGGUUCAUAGAAGUGUUUUUUCUCCUGGGUGAAAGCGAAGUGUUUGUCCCAGGGCUAGGGAUGGCUUCUGAACAAGGAGGCUUUUUCCUCAAGGGUGGGUAGGAAAUUCUUCAGAUGGGCCUGGGGGGAAAGGCUUUUAUUACCAAAUAAUAAGAAACCUCAAAAGCAAGGACUUGAACAGCCUUAACCAAAUACUCGUUCCUAGAGCAGUGGUAAGUGGGUGGGAUGAUUCCUGGGCGCAGUCAGCAAGUGACCCAGGGUGGCCAGCUUCACUGGAUGCCCCCUGGCUCAGUAUUGCCUUGUUAGUUGUGUUUCCAUUUGGAUUUCUCCUGCUUUCCAGGAGGAAAUGAGGUCCAGAACCAAAAGAACUUAAUGCUGUAGUCAUUUCACCCUUCAAGCACAUGAACAGAGAAAAAAUAGCUCAUGGAAGAGAAUCUGGCUCUCUUUUCACCCAAGUUUCUGGAAGAAAUAGAAGCAGGAUUUUGUCAUUUUCUUAAUUUGGCAUAAAUGAAGAAAAUCCUCCUGCAGUUGCCAGCCUGGGUUGCAGUAUCUGAGCCUUGCACCACUGGUUUGUGGUGCUUCUCAUGCUUUGCCUGAUAGCAUGCUAUAGGGCCCUGGCAUCCCCAAAUGCAUGCCACUUUAUGUAGAAGGUUCUCGAGAUUCAGCGAGGGAGGAAGGGAUCUUUUGGGGGAUUAUGUGCCCAGUGCUUCUAGCAGUGAACUUUAGACACUCCGACACUGAAGCAUUCUGCAUUUGUUGCUGUUCAGGUUUGGUUAUAUUUUAUUCUCAGUGGUCACUGUUCCCAGUGUAGCUCUAAUCUCCCAAAUAGUUUUGCUUUUGGAAAAGAAGUAACAUAUAAAUACUUUAUACACCCAAAUAUGGGGGCAGGGCUCAGAGCUUGAAUAUUUUUCCCAUGUGAUUCUUGUGGCUGCUUAAACUUGGCAGAGGAGAGAUCCGCUAGCCUGGUGCAGGCGCUGCCCCGGCCACGCGCCACCCUGCCCUCUGCUCUCACCUUCGCCGCUCUUCUUUUCCCAGGCCAAGAAUUGUAGGGCUCCAUGCUAAGCCAUUAGUCUGUAGUUCUGCAAUGAAUUGUGAACUUCUGUUGCCUAUAGGUGCUUAUUUUUCAAAGUAUACUUUUAAAAUUAAAAUAACAAAACUAUCUGAAGGGUAGGCUCCAACACCGUGAGUCCAGCGCCUCCAGGGGCAGGUGAACGAGGAGCCCAUGGCCAGCACCACAGCACUGUUUCCCUCAGCAAGCCUAAGCAGACGCUGAGCACAGGAUUUGGAGGGAGAAACUACCAGGGCAGUAAUUCUUAUGGACAUUUUCCCAAGGUGAUGAUCAGCCUUCUGGGCUUAUCCCAUUCCUAAAUCUGAGGCCAUGUUCCUUCAGAAGCUUCUGAAAGGUGGAGAAUAGGUUCCAAGAAAGGGAAAAUGUAAGGACCACUCAGGUCAGUAGCAAGGAUCAUGGGCUAUGUUGCUGCCAGAAGUUGUUUUGUUUUUGUUUUUGUUUUUUUAAUGCAGGACCCUUUCCUAAAAUGUAUGUGGCAAUGGGAAUUAAUUUUUCAGUAGAAAGAAGGAAAUGCACUAGAGACAUUUCUGGCAUCAGUCUGUGUUGAUACUUGGUGCUAUCUAUGUCCAACCAAUUUGUUACCUACUCUUGAAUUCUGGCUAAUCUUAUCAUGUGCUUUUUGGGUGUAUAAAAUUACACACACAUUUCUUUUUGCCAAAACAAAAACCUUCCUCGUCAAAUUGUUGCUAAAGGAGAUCUCACUUUAGUUUGAUACCAUACAGCACCCUGGACACCUGGCAACGUGCAUUUUCUCCGGGGGCGGGGGGAGCAGCUUUCUGGCUGUCGGAUACAACUGCAGAGGGCCCAUCUGUUUGGUUUCCCAAGCAGUCCUGUACCCAAAUUUCAGGGGAGAAUCUGAAAUUCCUGCUGUGUUUACAGCAGCAGUCUCAUUUCCAGCUGGCUCAGCCUCACUGUUCACUGUCCUUCCUUAAUAGUUAGAAUUGUGUUAUGUCAUUACUUAGUGGCCACAUGUGUUUUGGAGAAGAACCAGUUGGUUUGUGUGGAAUCUCAGGUAUCAUUAGGAGAGGUCAGCGCAGGGGGAGCAGAUGUCCCAACCCGGAGAGGUGACAGUGACCACACUCUGCUCUCCUAGCCCAGUGAGAACAGCAGAGGCCCACUCCCCCCCAUAAACCAAGGGCACUCAGCAACCUGGUGCCCCCUGUGGGUCACUGGGCACAUGGAGGCAGAUGGGCAUGUAGAGAAGCUGCAGGGUAUCUCAGUGCGCCCCUUGUAAACGUCUUUCCUUGUCAUGACCUCCCUCGUUCCUCAGAGCCAGUGCUGGAUGGAAGUGGAGGCAGCCAGGUAAGGAGAGCCCCACUUCGCAGUGCUGGGUUCCUCUCCCUUCCUUGGGGCGACACCAUGCGACAUAGGCACUGCAAUUAUGGGGACACUGACCACCACAAAUCAACCUUGAUGUCUCAUGAAAACAAAAUGACCUGCCUUUUUAUUUGAUAGUGUAUCAUUUAUUUUAUAAAUUUUUAGGGAUUUUUUUUCUCAUUGUAAUAUUAUUGUACAGUUUUGCAUGGCCUGGAUGUAAUCAUUUUUGUUUAGAAUAUAAUGCUGACCAAUAUGUGUUUAUGGAAGGGGAAAAAGAUAUGCUUUGGCCUCUUAUCACUUAUUUUGUUUGGUUUUAUACCCUCCGUGUCUUAGGGAACUUUAUUAAGAGAUUCUCUGCUACCAAACCAUGAUGUGGAUUCUUUUGCACAGAACUAUUUAAGGUGGGAUAGUCAAAAAUGUUAACAAAAGACUCCUCACCAGUCAUUUUAUGUUGGUAUCACUUAAUAUUAACCAGACUUGGAUGUACUGCAAUAAAACAGGGAGCUGUUCAGCCUGA